UGACCACUACAACGCAACGGUUCUUCGUAGUGGUACCUAAUGACAAAGCUCAAUGAAAACGAUGGCUGCAAUUAGCUUCCUCUCGUCAUCCAUCCUCAGGCUCAACUCAUCCAAUCGGAGUCUGUCGAAACGCUAUAAACCUAUCUCUCGCUUCACCACCAAAACUUCCUUCCUAAUUCCUUUCCACAACCACAAUUUCAGUCACAAUAACCUCAACAAUCAUCCCAAGGGGAAACACACAGCAGUCUCUUCAGCUACAACAAACACGAUGGCCGCUGCCUCCGUAGCCGCCGAGGAAUCUAGGGUUCCUCCCGCUGUUCCCUUGCCCACCCCUCCCCUCACCAAGUUCAAGAUUGCUCUUUGCCAGUUAUUGGUAACUGCUGACAAGGAAAGAAAUAUUGCUCAUGCUCGAAAAGCAAUCGAGGAAGCUGCACAAAAGGGUGCCCAGUUAGUUGUUCUUCCUGAAAUAUGGAAUAGUCCAUACUCAAAUGCUAGUUUCCCAGUAUAUGCAGAGGAUAUUGAUGCGGGUGGUGAUGCAUCUCCUUCAACUAUGAUGCUGUCUGAACUCUCCCGGAGUCUACAGAUUACAGUUGUUGGUGGCUCUAUACCAGAACGUUCUGGUGAUAAGUUGUACAAUACCUGCUGUGUCUUUGGUAGUGAUGGAAAGCUCAAGGCAAAACACAGGAAGGUACAUCUUUUUGACAUUGAUAUUCCAGGUCAGAUAACCUUUAAGGAAUCACUGACUCUUACAGGAGGGGAGAGCCCAACUAUUGUGGAUACAGAUGUCGGUCGGAUUGGCAUCGGCAUAUGCUACGAUAUCCGGUUCCAGGAAUUAGCUAUGCUAUAUGCAGCAAGAGGGGCUCACUUGAUCUGCUAUCCUGGGGCAUUUAACAUGGUGACUGGUCCAUUGCACUGGGAGCUAUUGCAGAGAGCGAGGGCAAUGGAUUGCCAGUUGUUUGUGGCAACUUGUUCACCUGCUCGAGAUGCUAGUGCUGGUUAUGUAGCUUGGGGACACUCUACCCUUGUUGGACCGUUUGGGGAGGUCAUGGCAACAACAGAGCAUGAUGAGGCAAUAGUAGUUGCAGAGAUAGAUUAUUCGCUAAUUGAUCUUAGAAGAACCAAUCUUCCAUUUCAGAAGCAGAGGCGAGGGGAUUUGUACCAGUUGGUAGAUGUCCAGAGGCUGAAAGCGGAAUCAACCAAAUGACAAGUUUCAGAAACUAGGAAGGUAGGAUGAACGCUGCCCCCUUGGAAAAUUAUGCAGCCAUCUCUUGUCUGGAUGGUUAAAUUGGUAUUUGAUGCAUUAUGAUCCAAUCAGCUUAAUGAUGGAGGAGUAAAGCCUUUCGAGGUGUAUGCUUGACUUGAUUAUUCUGUCCCCAGUAGAACUCGGUAUGGAAACGAUGUUCAUUCUUGGAUAUUAUGCUGUCUUGAUGGAAGAAAAUAAUUGUAGACAUUUUGUGACUGCUUGUUGCUUUGGUUGCGAAUUGAUCCGAAUAAUCUGCUUCUUUUAAGAUU